AUGUGCGAAUUCCAGUUUCAUGACGAAGAUGCGGAGGCGGCGGUGAUAUUUGUCUCAUUUCAAACACUUUUAUCGCAGGAAUGUGUGGGUUUCAUAGACAAUGUACGAAGCCACGUCCCCGUCGAGGGCCAUUACCUUGCUAUCGGUCAUCCAUGGGGACCACCAAAUCAAAAUGAAAUUCUUUACGAUGGUGGGUUUGCUUACAUGCCUUCCUGCCGUGAUUUCUGCUGCCAGAAGAAGUCUGUGGAGGAUUGGAUGCGGAGGGUGAAAUAUAUUCACGGCAUUGCGCCAAACAUAGGGAAAGAGGAUAUAUCAAAGUUAAAAGAUUUUAGUGGAAUAAAGAAGGCGCAGACAAAUUUCCUGGAGGCUCAGCAGAAGGGUGACAAGAACUGGUUGCCGUGCAGGGGCAAUCCAGAUAGACUUGUGGAACAAUUAUUCGAAGCUAUGGAUGCUGUCCAAAGUUUUAGAUACAGACAUGCAACUCCCCUCCGCACUGGCGCUGUUGUUUUUCUAACGACACGCGAUACGUUGAACAUGGCGCGCGUUUCUAUUCAUUGGUUGUUAAGCCAACAACCUGAUGACUCCAUGUUGUACACCGUGCAAGCGAUUGAGGACAUAAUUCCCGCGUGUAGCCCGCUUGUUGACGCGGAAGAGCGAGCCAGCCCAAAUAUGGAAGAACGCUGUCCUAUACAUUCGGAUCGUCGCAAUCAACCUGGCAAUUUGUACAGGUGCUGCCGCGCAGAGACAGGAAUACUUCGUCGCGUGGCAGAGCGUUUAGGCGAUUACAUCAGUAGCCUCGUUGCAGGGGACGAACCUGAAGUCGUGUAUCCACUGCAACCUUUUGUGGAUUGUGAAAGUGAUGAGAGCGAUUGA